UAAUUGGCCCGCCAGCUUCACCCGGGGAGGGGAACCCGGGAAGCGCCGUCAGAAGUCGAACACGAGCAGCACCCGUCGCCGCCGCAGCCGCGGCAGCAGCAGCAGCAGCGCAAAAGGGGGCAGGGAGAGGGAGGCGCAGGCACCGCGGCCCCCUUGCCAAACAGCGCCAGCAGCAGCAGCAGCAACAGCAGCUCUUUUGGCUGCCUUCCCCGGCUGGGCAGGGCCAGGAAACCCGGCCACCCUCGGGCGGGCCGGGAGCAGCAGUCCCAGCCUUGCGGAGGGCGCUCGGACAACGCUGGCGGGUGGGGGUGGGCGAGCUCCGGAGCCCCUUGGAGCGGAGCCGCACCGCCCGAAGGCGAAGGCGCAGCGCGGCGCGUCCGCGGACCUUGCCUGCCUCCCGGUCCGGGUUCGAGCGGCCGUGGUGGACGCGUGGCUGGGCGAAGCAAGGGGGGUGGCGGAGGCCGAACUCCGGCGAAGCGGCGCCCCGCGGGAGUCGGAGCCCCGAUGGAGACGGCGGCAGCGGCGGCGCCUUUCCCGCAUCCUCUGGCUCCCGAACCCGAUCCCGGUUUGGGUCCGGUCCGGCCGGGCGGCGAGAAACGUUUCCGACUCUGGUACGUGGGUUGCACCAGCCUGGACCGGCGAGCCACGCUGCCCAUGUUGCCCUGGCUGAUGGCCGAAGUCCGUCGGCGCAGCCAGAAGCCAGAACCGGGCGCGGCGGUGGCGGCGGCUCGGGAGGUGCUGCUGCUCCUGGGCGCGCCCACCCUCCGCUGCGUGCCCUCCUCGCCCGGCGGCGCCCCCGGCUCGGCCGUCUUCAUCUUCGAGCACAAAGCGCAGCACAUCUCGCGCUUCGUCCACAACAGCCAGGACCUCACCUACUUCGCCUACCUGAUCAAGGCGCAGCCCGACGACCCCGACUCGCCCGUCGCCUGCCACGUCUUCCGAGCCACCGACCCCAACCAGGUUCCAGAUGUCAUCAGUAGUAUAAGACAGGCUUCCAAAGCGGCCCUCAAAGAAGAUGUCAAGCCCAAUAAAGAAAAUGAAGAUGCCUUCUACAACUCCCAAAAAUUUGAGGUUCUGUAUUGUGGGAAGGUGACGGUGCCCCACAAAAAGGCCCCCUCCUCCCUCAUCGACGACUGCAUCGAGAAGUUCCACCUCCACGAACGUCAGCGCCUGAAACUGCUGAGCGAGCACUGCAGCUCCGAGUCCAGUACAGACCUCAUGACAUGGGAAGAUGGCCCCUCUUCCCCCUUGGACAGUCCAUUUCAGGAGACGGAGGGCUCCAGCGGAGGCACCCCGGGGAUGUUCAUCGUGGGGAGCCAGACCAACCUGGCCAGUUUGGCCAGCUGCCGGACCACUUUCCCUGAGCGGAUCCUGGAGGACUCGGGAGUGGAGGAGCAGCUGGAAUUUCGUUCUCGCUGCAGCAGCGCUGCCAGCCUGCAAAGGAGAGCUCAGGAGAAUAACUCCAAGCCUUUAUCCCGAAGGCGCCAUGCCAGCGCCCCGAGCCACGUCCAGCCCUCCGACUCUGAAAAAAACAGGACAAUGUUGUUUCAGGUUGGUCGAUUUGAAAUUAACCUCAUCAGUCCAGACUCCAAAUCAGUUGUGUUGGAGAAGAACUUCAAAGACAUCUCCUCGUGUUCUCAGGGCAUAAAAUACAUCGAUCAUUUUGGCUUUAUAUGUCGGGAAUCCACUGAACCUGGAAUAAGCCAGUAUGCGUGCUAUGUCUUCCAGUGUGCAAGCGAGUCUCUGAGAAGAGCCCGUGAGGGCUUUACAGUGAGUAAAACCUCUCUUGAAGCCCAACGACCUCUCUUCUUUCCCUCUGAAGGACUUUAUCCACCAAGAGCCAAGCUUGUCAUUCAGAGGCACCUGUCUUCUCUCAGCGACAACGAGCAGGCGGACAUCUUCGAGCGUGUUCAGAAAAUGAAACCGGUUAGUGACCAGGAAGAAAAUGAGCUGCUGAUUUUCCACUUGCGCCAGUUGUGCGAGGCGAAGCAAAAGACCCACAUCCACAUUGACGAGGCCCCGAUGAACACGUCUAAUAAUACAAUCCCAGAAAACACCACUAGCAGUGGAAGAUUCACCCUGGAUAUCCUGAAGAACAAGGCCAAGAAAUCCUUAACCAGCUCUCUAGAAAACAUCUUCUCCAGGGGAGCCAGCCGCAUGCGUGGUCGCCUGGGGAGCACGGAGAGCUUUGAAAGGUACAACCAUCUCACUUCCGACAAAGACUGCUCCUCUGGGGAAUCCCCACCCUCCACACCUCCGGCGUCUCCUGUCGCCUUGGCCAGACACCCGUUUCCCGAAGAGGACUCCGACUCUCCCCAGUUCAGAAGACGCGCCCAUACUUUCAGCCACCCGCCCUCCGCCUCCAAGAAGAGGAUCACUUUCCAGAAUGGACGAUCUCAAAGCGUCCGGUCGCCCCUCCUGAGGCAAAACUCGGCCGAACAGAGCAGGCCGGCAGUUGCCCGACGUACGCGCAGUGAGAGUGAGUCUUCGGUGCUGCCCAGUCUCCCUUCUUCUUUCUCUGCCCCUUCUUUCCUGAAAAGCUUGUACCAGAGCUCUGGGAAGAUGGCUUCUCUACCUGAAGGUGACCCCCCCAGGAGCGAUGUGGAGAAAAGGAAGAGGACUUCCUCGGUGUGCAGCAGCGACUCUCUAAAUGCUGGUGGUCUCACCCUGGCCUCCCGUCGGAUCUCCUGGCGGCAGAGGAUCUUCCUAAGGGUGGCAUCACCCAUGAAGAAGUCUCCUUCGGCCAUGCAGAUGCAAGAUGGCUUUGAUGAAAAAGAACUACUGCCGUUAUCCCCGCUUCCACCGUCCUUUGACGAAGUGCCCCUGGUUUCCCUCUUGCAAAAUGAGGAUGUUCAAGAUCAGAGCGGAGAGAAGAAGAACUCGGAGGAGCUGCAGAGCCUGUGGAGAAAAGCGAUCCACCAGCAGAUCCUUCUCCUCCGGAUGGAGAAGGAAAACCAGAAACUGGAAGCGAGCAGAGAUGAGCUCCAAUCCAGGAAAAUAAAGCUGGACUAUGAGGAAGUUGGAACCUGUCAGAAGGAUGUCAUUAACAUCUGGGACAAGAAACUGUUGAAUUGCAGAGCCAAGAUCAGAUGUGAUGUGGAAGACAUUCAUACCACCCUGAAAGAUGGUGUCCCCAAAAGCCGCCGGGGAGAAAUUUGGCAGUUUCUGGCCGUGCAGCACCGCGUCAGACACCGGCUCCCCAAUAAGCAACAGCCUCCCGACGUCUCCUACAAAGACCUCCUGAAGCAGCUGACGGCACAGCAGCAUGCCAUCCUGGUGGACCUGGGGAGGACUUUCCCCACUCAUCCCUACUUUUCGGCUCAACUGGGCGCAGGACAGCUCUCGCUCUUCAACCUGCUGAAGGCCUACUCCUUGCUGGACAAGGAAGUGGGCUAUUGUCAAGGCAUCAGUUUCGUGGCCGGCGUGCUGCUCCUCCACAUGAGUGAAGAGCAAGCCUUCGAAAUGCUGAAAUUCCUCAUGUAUGAUCUCGGAUUCCGGAAACAGUACAGGCCCGACAUGAUGUCACUGCAGAUCCAGAUGUACCAGCUGUCAAGGCUGCUUCAUGAUUAUCACCGGGAUCUUUAUCACCAUCUCGAAGAAAAUGAAAUCAGCCCGAGUCUGUAUGCUGCACCCUGGUUUCUCACUUUAUUUGCCUCGCAAUUUCCCCUGGGAUUCGUAGCCAGAAUCUUUGAUAUUAUUUUUCUUCAAGGUACAGAAGUCAUAUUUAAGGUAGCGCUAUGCCUGCUUAGCACCCAGGAGGAGAGCAUCAUGUCGUGUGAGACAUUUGAAGGCAUUGUGGAGUUUCUUAAGAACACUCUCCCAGACAUGACACAGCCCCAGAUGGAGAAGAUAAUGGCCCAGGUAUUCGAGAUGGACAUUUCCAAGCAGCUUCAUGCCUACGAGGUGGAGUACCAUGUUCUGCAGGACGAAUUGCAAGAGAGCCUGAGUCCUUGUGAGGAGAUUGAAGCUUCGGAGAAACUUGAAAGGGCCAACAGCCAGCUGAAGAGGCAGAAUAUGGAUCUCUUGGAGAAACUUCAGGUGGCCCAUGCUAAGAUCCAAGGCGUGGAGUCCAACUUGGAAGAGGCCUUGAAAAGGGAGAGCCAGAUGAUGACUUUAAUCCAGUCCCUGGAAGAGGAAAAGGCUCUGUAUCAGAAGGCCCUGGAGAAGAUCUGCAGCUACCUGCCCCAGGAAGCCCUGUCUGACUGUGAAGAGCUGCUGAAAGAAGUCAACUGUCCUCCAAACAAAUUCUAGAAGAAAGCCACCAACAAGAGAGAGAGAGAGAGAGAGGAAGCAGGGGGGGAGAAGAGAAAGAGAGAGAGAGAACAUGGUUUCUUCUCACCGAUGGAACGAAAGAAACAAGGGAGGCCGCUGCUUGGAAAGGAGAGCCACCUCAUUUCACAGGAUCCUGCAAGCAGCCGCCGCAAUAGCAAAGGGGCCUUUUUUUUUCAACCUCAAUAUGCAAAUCCCAGGUUCAUGUCUGUCUUUCUUUCUU